AUGUGCAAGCUGAGGGGGCAGUGCCAUCUUCAGGCAUAUCGACAGUGGAUCAAGUCUUGGGGUCGGUUGUACAAAAUUCUGAACAAGACGUCAAUGAACCAACUCCAGCCGAAGGUCAAUCGACCGACUUUCAAGGCAGGAGGCACUCCCAGUUAUCUCGAACUCUCUGAUAGGCCAAGCACCUCGCCCAAAGAUACUGUAGACUCAUCGGAUCGUUUGGCAGCCGAUGCUGGUGACGGUUCCAUCUUCCGGGAAUCACCAAUUCAAUCCUCCACUUCAUCGACUGUGAAAGCCGUCAGGCAAUCCAGCACGACGUCACAGCCAUUGCCAGUUUCGAACGUAUCACUGAUCGCUCAGGAUCCGGAUGGUCAAGUCGCCACGGAUACGGUCGCUGAUGUCGAAUCGAUGGCGACGCAGCCACCGACUGGUGCUACAAGCAAGAAGCCUACUGAACGUCCAACCGUGUCUCGCGAAAAUUCCGGCAAAGCACUAGAGAGUUACGCUACCGUAAUUCAGGAGAGCAGUCUGUUUCUAGAAACAACGGUAGCGCUUCAACAAGUGCAAUCGUUGACUAUGUCGGAAGAAACGCACACCUCAGGAAUGUCGAGGAUCGCUCAGCUUCCUCCGCCAUCUACAGUGAGUUCCGAGCGGUAUUCCGUCAUUGGCAACGUUGCCGAAGACGAACCUCUUGUGCCACAACCAACCGGAGGUCGUCGACUGUUUUUGUUACGAAACGCGGAAAGAAUCGACCACCGGUUCCCUGGAUGGCUCGACCUAUCCGUUGGCAGAAACGGUGUUUACAUGCCAUAUGAUGUAAACCUGCCAACGAGCCUGCCAACCAGAUCAGGAGGAUACGAUUCGUUCAGAACCGACUGCUGUAUUACCGAAGUAGGUAAGGUUUCAGCUAUGAUGAUCGGUCGAUCGAUGCUUGCCAACAACCUGCGACCUGACGCGAUCAUCGUCUCACCGGCCCUGCGAUGCAUCCAGACGGGACAGAGCAUUCUGAAGAUGAUCCCUUCGGCUCUUACCAUGUUCAUUGAGCCAGGACUGUUCGAAUACCUUGGCUGGUAUGGCAAAUCAGUCCCGGUUUGGAUGACCCCGGCAGAACUACAAGCUAACAAAUAUCAUGUCCGCUACCACACACCCGUCAUGAACAGGCGUCAAGUUCGAAGGUCUGUUGGCGAGGGAAUUUCACAGUUCUACAAACGCUGCGAGUACGUCACUGAGAGACUUCUUGAAGACUUUGCUGAUUCGCAUAAUAUCCUUAUCAUCGCACAUAGCCUAACAAUGGACGCCAUUUGUGGAAUGCUCUCAGGACGCAAUCGAAAAGACCCUAGCCUCUACGACUUGGACCACAUGGGCCUGUACUAUCCGUAUUGUGCAUUUGUUGCAUUUGAAGAAUGGAGCGAUGGCACAUGGCAUGUGAUAUAUGACGCGAUUCCUCCGCUAAGCUGCUGCGGAUAUUCUAACCGCAUCAACUUGCGCUUCUUCAACAGGGACGAUCCAGCUACUGAGAGCACUAGUGAUUCAUAUCCGGUUUAA